ACCGGGUCCUAACAUUUCGAACCGAAUCCGAUCGUCACAUGUGGGAGUGGGAGUAAGUAAUAGGGUAUAAAGGCGGGUUAAAUAGGCGCCUGUCGGCUCGGCUGCUCAGCCUUGGACAAAUCAAAUUAGCCUUUCUUCCAUUCUACCCUCUCCCAAGUAUUAGUCGUUGUCCAAAAUUCAAAGAUUAGAUUAGAAGGGCUUUCAUCCCAUUGCUUCUAUCUCACGCAUUUCGGUUUCUAAUGACUUUUGCAUUUCAACCACCAUUCCCAUCAGAUCUGCAACUGAAACCCAAUUGCGACUGAUGUCAGCUCCCCAGAUGCUCGGCGGUCCUUCCCGGUGCGGCCGCGUGCUCGGCCCAUCCCUCGACAAGAUCGUCAAAAACGCCGCUUGGCGGAAACACUCUCACAUCGUUUCCUCCUGCAAAUCCGCCCUCGACAAGCUCGACACCCUUUCCAACUCCGCCUUAUCCGAUCCCUCUUCUCCUCUACUCGGCCUUUCCUCUUCCGACGCCGACUUUGUCCUCAAUCCCAUCCUCCUUGCUCUCGACUCCAAUUACGCCAAACUCGCUGAUCCCGCCCUCGAAUCCCUGUUCAAGUUAUUCUCCCUUGGCCUCGUUCGCGGUGAGAUUGAGAGCAACAUCCCCAAUUCCAUCCUCUAUAAAAUUGUCCAAAGUGUGUGCAAAGUUGGUGGCAUUGGCGACGAAUCGAUAGAGCUUGCUGUGCUACGUGUUUUACUCUCCGCCGUUCGAUGCCCCUGCGUUUUGAUCCGUGGUGAUUGCUUGCUUCACGUCAUUAGAACUUGUUACAAUGUAUAUUUAAGUGCUUUAAAUGGAACCAAUCAGGUCUGUGCUAAGUCCGUUCUAGCUCAGAUUGUGCUUAUUGUAUUUACCCGAGCAGAAGAAGAUUCCAUGGACGUUUCUACCAAAACAGUGCCGGUGAGUGAGCUUUUAGAGUUUACUGAUAAGAAUUUAAAUGAAGGGAGUUCAAUUUAUUAUUGUCAGAAUUUUGUUAGCGAGGUUGUGAAUGCUAGUGAAGGGGUUCCAGAUUUGAAGUUUUCGCAGCCAAUUACUGGUCCGGAGUUGCAAAAUGGUGAGUCUAAGGUGUCGAAUGGGGAAGAGAAGGAUGGAGUUGAGGAGGAAGAGACGAAGGAAGGGGUCGAAUCGAGUUCUGAUGGUGUUACUAGUAAAAUUAGGGAGGACGGAUUUCUUGUUUUUAAAUAUUUGUGCAAGUUAUCUAUGAAAUUUUCGUCACAGGAGGAUCCUGACGAUGAGAUCCUUUUGAGAGGGAAAACAGUGUCUUUGGAACUCCUCAAGGUGAUUAUGAAUAAUGGGGGUUCAGUUUGGCACACAAAUGAGAGGUUUCUUAAUGCAAUUAAGCAGUAUCUCUGCUUAUCAUUGUUAAAAAACAGUGCUUUGUCAGUGAUGUCAAUUUUCCAGCUCCUGUGUUCUAUUUUUAUGAGUUUGAUCACAAAAUAUAGAUCAGGGUUGAAAGCUGAAAUUGGAAUUUUCUUCCCCAUGCUAAUCCUCCGAGUUCUAGAGAAUAUUCUCCAGCCUAGUUUUGUACAGAAAAUGACCGUCCUUAACUUGCUGGAAAAGAUUGUUGGGGAUCCACAGAUUAUCAUUGAUAUAUUUGUGAACUAUGACUGCGAUGUCGAUUCACCAAACAUAUUUGAAAGGAUUGUCAAUGGCCUUCUGAAAACUGCUUUAGGGCCUCCAUCUGGUUCAACCACAACUUUGUCUGCAGUUCAGGAUGUUACUUUUCGGCAUGAAUCAGUGAAGUGUUUAGUUGGCAUCAUUAAGUCAAUGGGAGCUUGGAUGGAUGGACAGCUGGAGAUAGGUCAUUCUGACUCACCUAAGAGCUUUGAGAAUGACACUUCAGCUGAGAGCCAUUCAACUUCAACUGCUGAAGAUGGAACUCUUGCUGAUUGUGAGUUGCAUCCAGAAAUGAAUUCUGAAUUAUCAGAUGCUGCUACAGUUGAGCAACGCCGAGCUUACAAGAUUGAACUCCUGAAAGGCGUCUCAUUGUUCAACAGGAAGCCAUCCAAAGGCAUCGAGUUUCUUAUAAACACCAGGAAGGUUGGCAACACUCCAGAGGAAGUGGCAUCUUUUCUAAAGAAAAACACUACUGGGCUGAAUGAAACCAUGAUCGGCGAUUAUUUGGGUGAAAGGGAAGAAUUUGCUUUGAAAGUCAUGCAUGCUUAUGUAGAUUCUUUCAAUUUCAAAUCUAUGGAUUUUGGUGAAGCAAUUAGGUUCUUCCUACGUGGCUUUAGGUUGCCAGGCGAGGCACAGAAAAUUGACCGCAUCAUGGAAAAGUUUGCUGAGCGCUAUUGUAAAUGCAAUCCGAACUCAUUUACUAGUGCAGAUACUGCCUAUGUACUGGCAUACUCUGUCAUAAUGCUCAACACUGAUGCUCAUAAUAACAUGGUCAAAGAUAAGAUGACUAAGUCUGAUUUCAUCCGAAACAACCGAGGAAUAAAUGACGGCAAGGAUUUACCUGAGGAGUAUCUUGGUGCUCUUUAUGAUCAGAUUGUGAAAAAUGAAAUUAAGAUGAAUGCUGAUUCUUCUGUUCCUCAAAGCAAGCAAGAAAACAGCAUAAAUAAGUUAUUGGGUUUGGACGGUAUACUGAAUCUGGUUAGUUGGAAGCAAACUGAAGAUAAGCCAUUGGGUGCAAAUGGUCUUCUUAUAAGACAUAUUCAAGAGCAGUUUAAGGCAAAGUCUGGAAAAUCAGAGUCUGUUUAUCAUGUUGUUUCAGAUGUAUCAAUCUUGAGGUUUAUGGUGGAGGUCUGCUGGGGACCCAUGCUGGCUGCAUUUAGUGUCACUCUUGACCAAAGUGAUGAUAGACUUGCUACCACUCAUUGCUUACUGGGCUUUCGACAUGCUGUGCAUGUAACUGCAGUAUUGGGCAUGCAGACGCAGAGAGAUGCUUUUGUCACAUCUGUGGCAAAGUUCACUUUUCUCCAUUGCGCUGCAGAUAUGAAACAAAAGAAUGUUGAUGCUGUAAAGGCAAUAAUAUCUAUUGCCAUUGAAGAUGGUAACCAUCUUCAGGAGGCCUGGGAGCAUAUAUUGACAUGCCUGUCCAGAAUUGAGCAUUUGCAACUGUUGGGAGAAGGUGCCCCAACUGAUGCAUCUUUUUUAUCUGUGUCAAACACUGAAACAGAUGAAAAGAUGGCAAAAUCUGCUGGUCUUCAAUCUCUGAAGAACAAAGGAACCCUCCAGAAUCUAGCUGUAAUGGCAGUUGUCCGAGGAGGUUCUUAUGAUAGCGCCUCUGUUGGAGUCAAUAAUUCUGGGUUGGUAUCUCCUGAGCAGAUUAAUCACUUCAUUGCAAACUUGAAUUUAUUGGAGCAGAUUGGAAGUUUUGAGUUGAAUCAUGUGUUCGCACAUAGUCAAAGGUUAAACAGUGAAGCAAUAGUGGCAUUUGUGAAAGCCCUUUGCAAGGUGUCUAUAUCGGAGUUGCAGUCUCCAACAGAUCCCCGUGUUUUUAGCCUGACAAAACUAGUUGAAAUUGCGCAUUACAAUAUGAACCGCAUCAGAUUAGUUUGGAGUCGCAUGUGGAAUGUUCUCUCUGAUUUCUUUGUUUCGGUUGGAUUGUCUGAGAAUUUAUCUGUAGCAAUUUUUGUAAUGGAUUCAUUGCGGCAACUUGCUAUGAAAUUCUUAGAACGUGAGGAGCUCGCAAAUUACAAUUUCCAGAAUGAAUUUUUGAGACCAUUUGUGAUUAUUAUGUGGAAAAGCAACUCUACAGAAAUAAGGGAAUUAAUAGUUCGGUGUAUUUCUCAGAUGGUCCUCAGCCGCGUCAGAAACGUGAAAUCAGGAUGGAAAAGUGUUUUUUCGGUGUUCACAGCUGCUGCUGCUGAUGAGCAUAAGAAUGUUGUCUUGCUGGCUUUUGAGACAAUGGAAAAAAUAGUGCGAGAAUACUUUCCUUAUAUAACUGAGACAGAGGCUGCUACAUUUACUGAUUGUGUUAGAUGCCUCAUCAAGUUCACAAAUAGCAGGUUUAACAGUGAUGUUAGCCUUAAUGCUAUUGCAUUUCUGCGGUUCUGUGCCUUUAAACUUUCCGAGGGAGGACUUGUUUGCACUGAUAAGAGCUCUGUUGAUGGUUCAUCUGUUUCAACUGUAAUUAAGGAUAAUUCAGGUGUACAAAGUUUCACGGAUAUUGAUGAUCCUGGUUCUUAUUGGGGCCCUCUGCUAACAGGUUUAUCAAAACUAACAUCUGACUCAAGAUUAGCUAUUCGGAAGAGUUCGUUGGAAGUGCUUUUCAACAUCCUGAAUGAUCAUGGUCAUCUUUUCUCACAGACAUUCUGGCUUGGUGUUUUUAGUUCUGUUGUUCUCCCUAUAUUUGAUGGUGUUUGUGAAAAGAGAGACAAGGCUCUACAAACUGAGCAGGAUUCACCAACUACAGAAUCUCCUCAUUGCGAUGCAAUUACAUGGGACACUGAAACUUCUGCUGUGGCAUUACAGUGUUUAGUAGAUUUAUUUAUUAGUUUCUAUGAUGUAUUGAGGCCCCGGCUAUCAGAUGUGGUAUGCAUACUGACAAGAUACUUAAGAAGUUCAAUACAGGGUCCUGCAAGCACUGGGGUUGCAGCAUUGUCUCAUUUGACAGGAGAGUUAGGAAACAGACUUUCAGAAGAUGAAUGGCAAGAAAUAUUACUAGCAUUAAAAGAAGCAGCCAUGUCUACUUUGCCAGGGUUUAAGAAGCUUUUGACAUCCAUGGAUGACAUCAAGGUGCCACACAAUUCUCAAUCCUAUUCUAAUACUGAAACUAGUUCUGAUCAUGGAUUGACCAAUGAUGAUCUUGAGGAUGAUAAUCUACAAAAUGUGGCUUAUGUGGUUUCGAGGAUGAAGAGUCAUAUUUCCGUCCAGCUACUCAUUUUAGAGGUCGUGACUGAUAUGUACAGAACACACCUACAAUUCUUGUCAGCUGCCAACAUAAAUAUCAUUGUUGAGAUAUUUUCUUCCAUUUCAUCACAUGCUCUGCAACUGAACUCUGAGACAACAAUGCAAAAGAAAAUACAGGUAGCAUGCUCAAUCUUGGAGCUCUCAGAACCUCCCAUGCUUCACUUUGAGAAGGAGGCUUAUCAAAAUUACCUCGACUUCCUCCAAUAUUUAGUCAAAAAGAAUCUGUCCAUUUCCAAGGAGAUGAACCUAGAAUUACUGCUUGUAGCAGUGUGUGAAAAAAUAAUGAAAAUAUACCUCAACUGUACUACUGUGAACCAUAAUGUGCAACAGAAAUCGGGGGACAAGGUGGUAGUGGUGACUCAUUGGACUCUUCCAUUAAGUUCAGCCAAGAAGGAAGAAUUGGCAGCUAGAACUCCAUUACUUGUGUCAGCAUUGAGGGCAUUGAGUGGGUUAGAAAGGGAUUCCUUCAGAAAAUACAUAUCGAAUGUCUUUCUUCUGUUGGUAGAUCUUGUCCGGAGUGAGCAUAGCUCGGGCGAAGUUCAACGGGUUCUGAGCAACAUAUUCCAGUCAUGUAUAGGUACAAUAAUAAUGCAAUGAUUUAAGAUUAUAUGUUUCAGAAUAUAUAACAUUUAGAUAUGUCACAGUUUUGAUCUUAGAGUUGGCUUGAUGAUUAGCCAAGAUAUAUAUAUAUAUAUAGAUAUAUAUAUAUAUAAUAGCUUAUUCUGAGUUGUUUUCUUUUCUUCUUAUAGAAAAGGAGUGUACAUGUUAAUGAACAUCUUGAUGAUCUGAAUUGAGAUUUCCUUCACUUACUCAUCUUGGAUGGUA